UGUGCGUACAGAUCUGCUCUCCUUUCUUCCACAGAGCUGUCGGGCAAAGUAGCUGCGCACGGCGUCCCCAUGCAGAGUGACACACAAUGCCGUGGUAGUUCUCCUGACUUCGUCGGUGGCUCAAGUCGGAGCGCGGGGCGCUCGGCACUUGUGACCGUGACCCUUGAGAGGCGCCCUCAUGGCCUUGCCUGGUUCGUCGUUGCAGGAAUACAACAGCGAGCCUGUAAAUUGGUUCGAUAGCCUCCGCCAGCAGCGCGAACAGCUCAUCCAGCAGAUCCAGAGGGAAGAGGAGAGCAAGUGCGAAAUCCAGAAGCAGGUCAGUAUCCUGACCGACGCGCUGCGCAAGAUGAGCGAAGGUCUCGCGCGGAAGAAGCAGGUGCGCAGUGAGUACGAUAAAACAAUCCAAAAGACUGAGGCGGCUUACAUGCAGAUCCUUGGUUCUUCGGAGACCUUGCCGUGCGCGACGCAGAGCAAGACCGCCAGCCUCGCACGGGUCGACGUUGAAGGGGUGAUGGCGGGCGAACCGCCCCGAAAACGCCGUUGCGCCGUCGACCCGGGAGUGGCCAGGGUCAACCAGAUGCUGUGGGAGUCUGGCCCAGUCGCUCAGGAGAUGUUGGAGAGAGAGGCCGCUCACGCCGGAUUGCCCAUUGACGCGCUCUUUUACACAGGGUCGGGGUGAGCCACUUGGCCUAGAGUAUGCAUACAAGCAGCACGCAGCGGGCUGAAUUGCAUGUUUUCCUCGAAGUAGCGAUUACCUCUGCAGGGGUCAGUGCGGGCUCACAUGUCUACGCUAGGUGGGCCGCCGUUAACGGCCGCGGUCCGAGCUGCCUGGGUGCUCGUGCCUGGGUGCCCGGGCUCUUCUGUCGAUGGCGGUCUUUUCAGUAGAGCUGCGACGUCGCCCAUUCACUCGCCGCCCGGUCAGAAGAGCAGCGGCGGCAAGCGGCGAGAAGAGCCGCUCAGCGAAGGGUGCUUCAGAGCGUUAGCAGCGGCAGCGUCGAGAAG